AGCCGAGCCGCGAUUGAACCCCAUCCCAAAUGGUAGCACAGCGCCAACUUGCUGGCCUUCCCCCACACUUCUUGUAUCAUCGAUUACCCGGCGUUGUCCCCUCUAGCCAAGAUUCAGUAUCCCCAGAGCCGCUUCCUCAUUGACUGGCUGCCCCCAUUUUAACACUUGAGGACGAACCUUGACCAUACAUCAAUUGGUUAUUUCAAAACAUUGAAAGGCUCCAUCAUGGCUGCACAGGUUCCUGAAGAAAUGAUGGCCAUUCAGGUCGUCGAAUACAACAAGCCUUACCAGGUCAACAAGAUCAAGGCCCCAGAUCCUAACAGGCUCGGGCCCUACGAUAUUCUCGUCAAGGUUGCUGUGGCAUCUUACUGUCACACUGAUAGCAUGAUUCAAUCUGGGAUUUUCGGCACAACUCUCCCUGUGACGGGUUCUCAUGAGGGCGCCGGGACCGUGGUGGCGGCAGGCUCGUCCUCGGAUCUGAAACCCGGCGACCGAGUGAUGUGCGGUCUGCCCUUCCACCCAUGCGGCGAGUGCCCUGAAUGCACCGGCCCCAAUGAAAAUUGGAGGCAGUACUGUGAGAACACCGAAGGUCACUGCGGCGUACACCGGGAUGGUUUCUUCGCCGAGUAUGCCGUCUGUGAUGCGCGCACCAGCACCAAGCUCCCGAACGAGAUUUCUUUUUUGAGUGCUGCACCUCUAGCUUGUGCCGGCAGGACGGUAUGGAGAGGCGUUGAACAGGCAGACCUCAAAGAGGGCCAGUGGCUCGCGAUUGUUGGAAGCGGAGGAGGCUUAGGGCAUCUGGGGGUACAAUUUGCCAAGAAGAAAGGGCUAAAAGUCAUAGGAAUCGAUGCGAGGGAUGACGGACUGCAGAUAUCAGAGGCUCUUGGUGCCGACGUCGUCAUCGAUGCGAGGAAAGGAAAGGAGGCGGUAGUGGAGCAGGUCCGGGAGGUAACGCGAGACGCGAAUCCAGGGAACCCGGGAGUCGACGCAACUGUUACUCUUUCCGAUGCGAACUCGGCUGCAGCGCUGGGCUGUGCAAUCACCAAGAAGCACGCGACCAUGGUACAAAUUGCCCAGCCGAAGGACGUGGUCAUCCCUUUCAGCGAAUUUGUCUUCCGGGAUGUCAGGGUCAAAGGAAGCGUCGUCAGCUCACCCGGGGAGAGCAAUGCCAUGGUCCGCUUCAUUGCUGAAACCGGCAUCAAAGUCAAGACGAACAUCUUUCACGGCCUGGACCAGAUCGAAAACUUGCUUGACAUGGUUCACAGUGGAAAGAUACAGGGUAAAGCGGUCAUUGUGGUUGAUAAAGAGCAAAUUUCAAAAGAGGAACAGUUGGGAGCCAAGUACUGAGUGGUGGAAGGACUGAGUGAGGGUAUUGAAGUAUUUGCAGAGCCCCGAAUUCGGGGCUUACCUUUGCAAAGCUUUUGUCAUCCCAGUCACUUCUUCCCAGUCAGGUCUCCUCGAUCAUAUGUUUUCUCUUAUGGGCCAUUAGGCAACAGUUUGAGAUUCUCAAUACUACACGUGAUGCAGCAAAAA